AAUCCUACUGAAUAAUGAAUGAGCACAGCUGAGAUGAUUUAUUCAUUAUAAAGUUAGACCUUUCCUCUCCCCCGACAACCAGCAUGAAGAGAAAACUGACUGUUUCACAUUUUAUGUAACGGUGCAGAAACUUCAACUGUCCCAGAUUAAAAAACUGUAAUUUAACUAAACAAAUACAUAAACAUCUCAUGAAUAUUGAACAGCUUGUUAAACACAAACUAAUUAAUUUAACUUAAUUAUGCAUAACUUUAAGCCUAAAUAAAAUUUUAACGGGUGAGUUGUAUAAACGUACAGUUGUCAUGAAUGGGGAAAUUAGCUCUAGAGACCAAAAUGCUGUAAAUAUGUUUAUUUCUGUUGGACAUUUUAAUAUGUAAAUAGAAAUGGGCGUGAAACUGAGAAUAAACUGGAUUUUAUGGCUGUGAUGAAGCAGCUGAACCCUGUGGAGGAUUUUCACUCUACUUUCUUCCUUAAGCACCCCCAGCUCAUCAGCUAAGCAGUGAAAUAUGGAGACGAACUGGUCUAACCAGAAGCAGCUGAAUGGAAGAAUGUCAACGUCCUUUCAAACACAGAGACAGACGGAGAUUGGAGCCACAGCGAGAGCUGUCCCACUGAGAAUACAGGUCUGGAUUUUAGAUUUUUAAUGACUUUGUUUUAAAUGGAUGAAUCAGAGAAGAACAUGGAGCCUGAAGCAGCUGUUUGCUCUGACGUCUCCGACUAUGAAACAAUUCACAGCGUCUGAAAGGAACAUCAAUAAAGGACUUUACAAGACUAGAAAAUAUAGAAAAUGAGUCUUGUUGAGGAACUUUCGCAGGAAAAUGAACAGAAAGAGCCUGAAAUACGUCUCCAAAGUGAUGACAAGACCAAUCAAUCAGACCCAGACUGUAAGAAAGACCUUCUCAUGACAGGUCAGAGGGACAAAAGGGCCAUAAGCCCACUGAGUCUUUUCAAAGAGGACUUCAACCAUUUUAAGGAAGACGUGUUGAAAGUGUUCAAGGACAAAGACACAAAGACAGAGCAUGAAGACUGCCCAUCGAGUCAAGCAGAAAAUAAACCUGUGAGCAGUACCCUCAGUCUUCUGAAGGAAGACUUCAGCCAGUUUAAAGAAGACAUGACCAAGAUCUUCAGCAUUAGCUUGUCCAAGGACAAAGAGACAAAGUCAGAGCAUCAAGAAUGCCCAUCGAGUCAAGCAGAAAAUAUACCUGUCAACAGUACACUCAAUCUUCUGAAAGAAGAUGUGACCAGCAUGAGUUUGUCCAAGGACACAGAGACAAAGUCCACAGAGAAGAUGAUCGACCGUCUGAGCUUACUCAAAGACUUCAGUAAUUUUAAAGACGACAUCUCUAACGUCUCAAGAACUGGUCUUUCGAAGGAGAGUGACACUGCGAAAGAAGACUCAUUAAACACCUUCAAGAUAAAAAGCUUGAAAGCUGAAAGGACUGAUGAACCCUUGAAGAGUCUGUUCAGUAGAGACCAAAAGACUUCUCAAAAAGCAGGGGACAAUCAGGGAGUUAAAAAGACGUUUGCAGAGAUGAGAGAAGAACAAUUGGAUGAUCGUUUUAGGGGAAAUCUCUCUGAACAGAAGGAAGAGACAGUCGAUGCAGAGAAAAACAACAACAUGAAAGACGGGAUGGACAAACUGGAAGUCUCUGCACAGAAGACGGAACCGACAAGUUUCCCUGAAACAGUGUCAGCCAUAGACGAGAGGAUAAAUGAGAUAGAAGAAGAUGAGAAGCCAUUAGAGACUCUUCCCUGGGAGUCUCUGUCCUUUGGGAUCCAUCUCUUUCAUCUGAGAGACCCAAACAAAGAGGACUUGGGGGAUCAACCAGGAGACGACUUGUGGUUGGUGAAAAACUUUGCAUGCUAUUUGACCUUUGACCCCAACACUGCCAACUCUGAGCUCCAUCUGUCUAACAGCAACAGGAAUGCGACUCGAAUGUGGUCGGAAAAUCGACGGUCAGACCACCCGGAGCGGUUCGAGCGUUGCCCUCAGGUCCUGUGCAGGGAGGGGCUGCUGGACUCUGUGUACUGGGAGGUGGUGUGGAGCGGCGGCGCCGACAUCGGCGUCACGUACAACAGCAUCUCUAGAGGUGGAGACACUGCGAGCUGUCUGCUGGGACACAAUCAGUGGUCCUGGAGUCUGGAGUGUUCAGAGGGAAGCUACACCCCGUGCCAUGAUAACAAGAGGUUCAGGUCCUCCUCACCCCGACCCUUCACCCACAGAGUCGGGGUUUACCUGAACUGGUCUGCAGGCUCUCUGUCCUUCUACUGUGUCUCUCAGGAUGCCAUGGUCCACCUUCACACCUUCACCUCCACCUUUACUGAGCCUCUGUACCCAGGUUUCUGGGUCUGGGCCUAUGAGGGCUCAGUGUCGCUGUGUCAGGUGGCGUUAGACUGGGAACGGCUGCUGCAGUGAUGUUUACAGAGAGCUGCAGGGAUGCUGUUUUUGUAGUCGAACCAAGUUAUUUAUUGCGGAAUAUAAGCUAUGUGGCGGACAGCGGUUUAUGAUCCUUAAAAGCUUUGAAGAUGUAGAGCCUACACAGGGAGCUGAGUGAACUUAGGCAGACCACAAAGUCUCAGCUCAGCUCACAAUUCCAGUUACAACAGCUGAUUGCAGCUGAUCGUAAACACAUAUCAACUGAUUCCCUUUAAGCAUCCAAUGGGCAAAUGUCAUUCAGGCAGCCUUAUUGAAACUGCUUUAGCCUGCCUGCCUUUGCUGCUUCCUCUGCAAGCCGCUUUGCAACCCACCUCCACCCCUUCUUUCUGUUGAAGGGGUUAGUGUAGCUGCUGCUAGCAUCAGUUCUGUCAGAACUGGACAGUAUUUCUUUAUUGAAAGGAGAGCAAAGAACGGCACUGAAGGCUCUUCUUGAUGGAAAAGAUGUUUUAGUUGAAUUCUUUUGUAAUAUUAAUUAAAAUAAAAUGUGAACGUAUCUUUAGUAGUAACACUUUAAAUUUAGAUUUGGUUAGUUCCCUUUUUGCGACUUUUAAAAACAAAAUAAAAAUUAAUUGAUGAGUCAUAAAAAUAAAACAAUUAAUCAUUUGUAUGAUGGAUUGUUGUGUGUGUUAUUGUAUUAUGGUGUGUUAUUGUGUGUGUGUGUGUGUGUGUGUGUGUGUGUGUGUGUAUUGUGUGUGUCUGACCUGUAGCUGGUUCUCCUGACUCCCUCGGGCCUCCUGCAGCUCCUUCUGCAGCUGCUCCAGACGAGCAACUCGCAUCUGCAACACACAGUUCAGACACAUCCAGAUGUGCUGCUUCUACCAACCAGAUGUCAACAACAACACAACGUACAUAAUAUUUAUAAUGAAUUGAGAUAGUUCAUCUGUUGUUAGUACUUUAAAUAUAUUGGAGUUGACAUUUUUCCUCUCUCAAUAGCAUUAUUACAAUAAACUAUUUACUGUAAAAAUCAAUCUGUAAGUUUACAGGGUUUUUUUCCCAUUUAUUUUACAUAUUUUAUCUUUAUUUUUUAAAUACAUGGAUUUGUUUAUUAACUGACAGAUAUCUUGUAUAAUUGUGGAAGUUGAAUAAAUGUUGUUUAUCAGUGUAUAAGCAUUGGUAAACUGUCCAAAUACAGUUGUUAUCAGUGUAAACAGCAAUAAUUACUGUAAUCUCACAGAUAAUGACUUUUAUUACACUUCUAAAACUUUUAAGAGAUUAAAAUAAUAAAAAUUCAAUAAUAACAGCA